CUACGGUAUCCCACGAGGCGGAGUGAGGAUGUCACCUCGAUGGGCCCGGCGUGCUCCAAGCCGCCCGGCGACAUCGCCACCGCCGCCGGCGUGGCCCAGCUCCCGAAGAUCCACGGCGGCGCGGUGCUGGACGCCUGGUGCGGCGGCGACAACAGCGUCGUGACGGCGGGCGCCGACGGGCGCGUGGUGCUCUACGAUGCGGCGGCAGGGACCGCGAAAACGCUCGGCGUGCACGCGGCGGCGGCGAACGGCGUGGCGGCCGCGCGGGAUCGCGCCGGCGCCGUCUACACGUGCUCGCGCGACUUGAGCGUGCGGCGGUGGCCGCUGGCCCGCGGGCCGACGCAGGUCAUCGAGGCGGCCCACGAGCUCGCCGUCACGGCCGUCACCGUCGCGGACGACGGGGCGACCGUCGCGUCCGGCUCACGCGACUACCGCGUGAAGACGUGGGACGCGGCGACGGGCGAAAACGCCGCGGCCGUCCGCGUGCCGCGAAACGUCGUGACGUGCAUGUGCUGGCGGCCCACCACGCAGACCUUUGCGCAAGGGAGCGAGGACCUACGCCUCCGCGUCUGGGACGCGCGGGACCUGCGGCAGGCGGCGGCGCAGACGUUCGCGGGCUACGAGUUCUUCCCGCUCGCCGUCGCGUCGGCGGGCCCGCACCUCAUCACGGCGUCGAAGGGUUUCGGCGGCGAGGGCGGCGAGGUGACACUGUGGGACGCGCGGCGCCCGGGGUCGGAGCCGCUCGCGGUGCUCCGCGGCCACGCGCAGGACGCGACGGGCGUGGCGUUCCUGCGGGGCGGCGCCGGUGCGGCCUCGGCGUCCAAGGACGGUCGCGUCAAGCUCUGGGACCUAGAGGCGGGAACGCUCUCGCGCGACGUCGACGCCGGCGGCGAAAGCCCCAUGUACACGUCCGUCUGCGCCGCGCCGGGCGCCGCGACGGUCGCCGCCGUCGCGACGACGUUCCAGGGCGACGUCUUCUGCUUCGACAGGGAAUUCCGGGUCGCCGCGGCCGUCGGCUAGGUUUCUUUGGUCGUCGGCGACCCUGUCGCGUUUAGACCACGCCUCCCGAGCCGCUGGCACGUCUAGGUACAAAUAACGGAAGAUCGCCCGCUUCGGGUAGGAUUUGGGCGUCAUCGCCAGGUAGACGGCCGCGUCGGAAAUGACGUAGUGGAACGCAAAGGGUCCUUUGCGCAAGGGGCCGGCACUCGACUAUUUCGG